GCUUUAUGGCGCGCUAGCGGCGAGCGCGACAGUGGCCGGUUGACCGUCGACGUUUGUUGAAUUUGUUUUUGGCUCAGUUUGAAUGGGUAUUUGACGGUUUGGUUGACGUUUUUCCUUGCAACGACAUCGAUAACGCAAGAUUCGCAUAAAAUUUGUAGGUACUUAUAAAUAUCAUUUCGCUUUAGCAAGUGAAAGCGUGAAAAAGCAUCGAUUACUAUUUGGUUUCUUUUAGUAAGUUAUACAGAGAAAACGUUUUCGCUCUUGAUCUAUCUACGGUAUAAUUUUGAGAAAAAACUGAAACGUUUUAAAACAUGACUGGGAUAAACAAUACCGAUGCACUGCUCAACAGUUUUUUAAAAACUGCCCAGAAUAUACUCACGCAUUUCGAUGAUGAUAAGGAUAACAGAACCAAGCUACUAAAUGAUUUGGAAAAGAUUGUACGCAAUAACUGCACUCAUGAUGAGAAGACAAAAAAAGUAACAAGCACUGUGAGAAAUAUAAUUGGCCAAGGCGAUGUAGAAACCAGCGAAGCAAUGAAAUUGUUUAAAGAGCAGAAAAAUGAAUUGAUUGAGUACCAACCAGACAUAUCACAGAAUGCAAGUCUCAAAGAGUAUCUGCGCCAAGUAAAGGAGCUUUUAGAUGCUGCAGAUGGUACAAAACGACCUACACUUGACGAUGAAGACAUUGAAAUGACACAAGAUGAUAUCAAUGUCAUUGAUCCAUUUACCAAAAAGAGGAUGACUGAUCCUGUAAAGAACAAAGUAUGUGGCCACAUAUAUGAACGUGACAGUAUAACUUCCAUCCUUAAGAUGAAUAAGAAUACCAGGUGUCCAGUGAUAGGAUGCAUAAACAAGAAUCCUGUUCUCAUGGAAAAUAUUGUUCCUGAUAUCGUCACACGAAAAUAUUUGCACGAUAAUCCAGCCUAAAUGUAACUUAUUUAAUUUAUUUUUUAGUUCCACAUCAACAUAUCGCUGUACAAAUUAAGUACAAAAUAUUUAUAGUUGCCUAAUUUUAUUAUUCCAAGUAUUACAUUUAAGUGAUACAUAAUUCCAAAGUGUCUGUUUAUGUGUAAGAUUAAAAUACAUUGUUAUAGUAGUUUUCUUAAAUGUGUCUUCCACGACGCUAUUUUUUAUUGUUAUUACCAGACAAUAAAAAUUGUAUAAUGAUGGUAUUUUCUUACAUCAAAA